AGAACCGCCUGACAGAGGACGUGUCUGUACCAGUAUGUAUGACAUGUCUGGCAUCGUUAUCGUGAUGAAAUGCUUGGUACCAAGAGCUUCAUGUCCUUCCUGCGUUUUCAAUGCAUGGUCACAAGAUUACUAACGUCAGUAACCAACUUUAAUGCAAUAACCUGACGACUACCGAGUAUAUGAUUGAAUGCCUUUGAUGUUUGUUGCAAAAGAACUAGUACAUCAUCAUGUGCGUGAAUCUAUAUAUAGUACCAUUUGUUUUAUGGAUUAUUGUGCUGCCUAGUACUGUCAUUUGUUUUACGGAUUAUUGGAAACGUAUCGUUAUAUCCAACAUUAUACAGUAACACUCAAUGCCAUGGCAACGACAACGACGGAUUCUCGCCUCAGAGGAAACAGCUACGAGAUCUCGUACAUCAAUCGCGUUCAGGGUGACCCUGACCUGGAGGUCAAAGUUGAAGACUGCACCUUCCACGUCCACAAGACGGUCCUGAUGGAGACGUCAGACUAUUUUCGCGCCAUGUUAGAAAGUGGCAUGAGAGAAAGUCGGGAAAACUCCGUGCAACUUCACGGCUUCGCUGCUGAAAUAUUUCAGGUUGUUCUAGACUUUCUGUAUGAAUCGAAGCCAAUAAAAAUGGACGAUAAACUAGCUGGCGUUCUUGAGAUAGCACAGUUUCUUCAGAUGCCACCGAUUCUAGACUACAUCAAGAGUAAACUGAGCUGUGAGAACUGCGUCCAUCUGUACAUGCUGGCUGAUACCUACGCGAUCCGCGACCUGAAGGAAGCUGCAGCACAUCUGAUGGGGGACAAUUACCUGAAGUUUCUUCGCUCGGAAGUUUUCGAAGAGCUGAGGGAAGAACAGCGAGAAGUGGAAGACGCGAUUCAGGCACCAGAAGUUCCUGUGCGGAGUGAACACGGGGUAUGUGACGUGGCGUGAGACAGGCCCGAGGGAAUUCCUUCAUUACGAUCACUCUAAGGAUGUCUGGAAAACUUUCACGGAAAAUCCGGAGCAGGCGUGUGCGAGAGGGUGGGGUGUAGCAGUACUGGACAACUACAUCUACGUCAUCGGAGGAUACGGCAAACCACGAUUCGGUCACCCCUCCGGGAUAGCCGUCCGAGACGUGCUGUCGGACUCCUUCUGCUAUGAUCCCAUCCAGAACAAGUGGUUCCAGAUACGUUCCCUUAGCGAAGCCAGGGCCUACUUUGGAGCUGUAGCUCACGACAGGUCUGUUUACGCUAUAGGAGGGUUUCAGUACGACUACACGGUAAAAACGAUGGAAAGAUACAUUCCUGAACAGGACAGGUGGGAGUUUAGAAGGCCGUUACCUGGAGACUGGACUAACUACGAUCUAGCUGUCGUCUGUAAGGGAGACAUUUACAUCAACUCGGAAGAAGAGAGGACGGAAAAGUUUGCACUUCUGAAGUAUACGUCAAACAACAACCAGUGGGAGAUUCUGUCUCCCCUGCCCAGAAAACGGGACAAGAACAGUAUGGUCGCGGUGGGAGAAACCAUCUACCUCCUUGGUGGACUCGUUCCCGGAGUAGACUGCUUCAAUGUCACCACGAAGCAGUGGUCUUCACUGGCCGCCCAUCCAGCCACAGAAGCCGUAGAGUUUGAGAAGGGGUGUACAGAAAUGGACGGGACGAUCUACGUGUUAAACAGUGACGACAUGGCAUGUUAUAUUCUGGAGUCGCAGACUUGGGUGCAGGGCUUGGCAGCUUUUCCGGGAGGAUAUUACGCCAACAAAGCAUUCAUUGCAUAUCUGCCACUAGAACUGCAGGUUGUAUAGCUAGACUUGUGUAGUAGUCUCUCAAACCAUUUCACAAGCUAUUUCUCAAAAUAUUUUCCGUGUCAAUUUCUUGUAUGAUUGUAAUUGUAAUUGUAAUAUCAUAUUGGUUUAGGCUAAGGUCAAAUUUCCAAACCGGGGCCGGCCCGGCAGCUUUGGGGAACGAAAAGAAUGAUACAAAUGACAUCAAAAUACACAAAAUAUAGAAAUUAGAUUCAUGGGCAUUA